CUGGCGCGCGCGAUUCUGCGCGGCGCCAAGGUGCUCGUCUGCGACGAGGCGACCUCGUCCAUCGACGCAGAGACAGACGGCGUCGUUCAAGGCGUGCUUCGCGAGCGGCGCGCGACGAUGCUCGUCAUCGCCCAUCGCCUCGAGACGAUCCUCGACUCGGACCGCGUGCUGCUCAUGGACGCGGGCGCCGUCGCCGAGGAGGGGCCGCCA